AUGAUGAUAUGCAGAGUGUUAAUGAGAAUAACAAUUCUUUAGAUGUUAGGCAGAAUGCAACUGAAACAACCGAGAAUGAAGAAUCAGACAAUCAAGAUGAAGAUGAUGACUCAGUUGUGGAUCCUGACUUUGAACCAGGUCUUUCAGAUGUUGAGCAGACCAGAAAUGGAACUGUCGACAAUGAAGAAUCAGAAAACCAAAAUGGAGUCGACAAUGACUCUAUUAUGGAUGCCGACUUUAAACCAAGACUUUCAGAUGUUGAACAGACCAGAAAUGAAACUACCGAGAAUGAAAAAUCACGAAAUCCAAAUAAAGUUGAUAAUGACUCAGUAAUGGAUGCCGACUUUGAACCAAGAAUUUCAGAAGUUGUCCGGACCAGAAAUGAAAAUUAUCAAAUUGUUGCUCCAAUAUACUUACCAACUCCAGAUAUGGAUAACAAAAAAUUAAUUGUCUUUAAGUGAAAUAAUCGGACUAAGUCAAAAGUUCAUUUUUGUAAAUACUGUAUGAAGCUUCAAACAAAAUUUGCUCGUCAUUUAGAGAACAAGCACAAGAAUGAAGAGUCAGUUGCAGAGUUUUUAAGACUCCCUAAGAAGGACAUCUCCAGAAGUCAAUUAAUACAAAAAAUUCGUGUAGAAGGGGAUUUCCUGUAUAAUACCCAAAAUAAAUACAAUCUAGAGGGUAAUUUGAUUGUUGUUCGGUGUCCUACAUCCAAGCAGAGAACAGCCGAUCAAUUCAGGCCCUGUGGAAAUUGUGGCGGCAUGUAUUCAAAAAUGUCGUUAACAGCUCAUUACCGGAAAUGUCAAAAAAAUAGGAUCAAGGGAGCAAAAGAUGUCUUCUUAAUGUCUAAGCAGAAAAGUAUGUUCAUCUCCUCAAAAGCCAGUGAUAUUCUUAGAAGCAGUGUUUUGCCAUCACUUUGUGAUGACAGAGUAACAAAAACUAUUAUAUCUGAUGAAGUAAUAAUUUUGUUUGGAAAUCGCUUAUGCCAAAAAUAUAGAUCUCACCAUCUGUACAAAAUGAUACGAGCAAAAUUGAGAUGUGUUGCCACAUUUCUGAUAACCCUUAGAGAGAUUUCUGGUAUACCUAAAAUUAAAUUGGAAGAGAUAUUUGAUCCACUUCACUACGAAAAUUGUAUUUCAAGCAUCAAUAAAAUGUGUGGCUUGAAUCAAGAAACUGGAAGAUUCAAAAGUCCAGCAACUGCUUUUGCAAUAGGGUCACAUCUCAAGAAAAUUGCAUUCUAUAUGAUAUCAGAGUAUAUUAAACAAAAAA